AUGGCUGGGCUGACACGCUCGAGCCAAGCGUCCACGUCAGCCUCAACACUCGAAAGCUUCUUGGAUUCUGCGUCUGCCCUCGUUUUGCUCGCCGCGCACCCGGAGACACCCACCAUAGACCGGCCACCAAUAUUGCGCACUCGAACGGUGGCCACACGGGCCGGCUCAGCGGCAACAGCAGAUACGCAGCUGUCACCGACCGAGUUGGCUCGAGCCAAAGCGUACCAGCAGCUGCAUCGGACCGAGUCUUCGCUCGUUGCGUCCAGCGCAUGCUCUGCCGAUGUUGCACAGUCAGGAGCGACGUCUUCAACAGCAUCAAACGGCGAUCAUGCACACCCAGCGACGAACCACGCCUUCUUGAUCACAUACUUUGUCGCCGGUGGUGCGGCUGGCGCUACCUCACGCACCGUCGUCUCCCCGCUCGAACGCCUCAAGAUCAUCAUGCAGGUGCAACCACAGUCGUCUACGCGCUCCCCGUCCUCUACCAAAAGCAAGCUUUCCUCGGCAGCGAGCAAGAAUCGCGCGUACAACGGCGUGUGGACAGGCCUGGUCAAGAUGUGGCAGGAGGAAGGGUUUGCCGGGUUCAUGCGCGGCAACGGGAUUAACUGUCUGCGCAUCGCACCGUACUCGGCGGUGCAGUUUACGACGUACGAGAUGUGCAAAGCGUGGCUGCGCGACGAGGCGACGGGCGAGAUCGACGUCGUGCGCAAGCUCACUGCUGGCGCCGUAGCGGGAAUUGCGAGCGUGGUCAGUACGUAUCCGCUCGACCUGGUGAGGUCGAGGAUCAGCAUCGCCAGCGCCAACAUGUAUAACGAGGCCAAGUCCGAGGUGGUUUCCGCGACCAGCACUGGAGCUGCGAAGGCGGUUUCGCAGGAGGCGCUGCGCUCGGAAAUCGCAGCGCGCCAAAAAGCCGUGCCGGGCAUCUGGCAGAUGACGACCAAAGUGUAUCGCGAGGAGGGCGGCAUUCGCGGGCUGUAUCGCGGCUGCGUACCGACCUCCGUGGGUGUAGCACCAUACGUAGCGUUGAAUUUUUACUUCUACGAAGCUGCACGCAAACGCAUCUCUCGCGACGGCACGGAGCCAUCCCCACUCAUGAAGCUCGCCUGCGGCGCUUUGGCGGGGAGCAUUUCGCAAACGCUCACGUACCCGCUCGACGUCCUGCGCAGGAGAAUGCAGGUCGCCGGAAUGAAGGACAGCCAGGAGAAGCUCGGCUACAAGGACCGCAACGCCAUCAAUGCCAUCCAAAACAUUAUCAAGGCCGAAGGCGUCACCGGCCUGUACAGGGGUCUGCUGCCGAAUCUGUUGAAGGUAGCCCCGAGCAUCGGCACGAGCUUCUUGACGUACGAGGCGGUUAAGGGCUUCUUGGAGGUGCAUCUGGAUGAUUUGCAUUUGGCGCCGUCGAAGGGUGAGACGACCAAGGCACACUGA